GAAAAGUUCAGGGGCCAAGUCAGAUUUAUCUGGGGCAUGAAUUUUUUUUUUUUUUUGAAGGAAGAUUCUCUGGGCUAGACAUAAAGUGCCCGGGGUUAUAAGGACACCCAUGGACCAGGGGCAAUAAAAGAAAUAAAGCAGAAUGCAAAACAGAAUGGUAAAUAAAUGGAGAUGCAUCAUAAAAGUAUAGUUAGCUUCAUAUUUCAGUUACUGGUGGAUGCUCAGCGUCCGGACCCGCCUUCUGUUAGCAGCUGUUACGCAGUCUACGUCCCGUGAGCUUGGUAGUCAUGGAAACGGGCUGUCACAUCUCGUGCCAUCGGACCCCGGAAUUAAGCGAAGAAGACGGUACACUGAAGAGCGCGCUGGCUGCCGAUCAUUCGGGGCACCCAUGAGGAAUGAGCGGUUUGGGAUGGACAUCAUGCAAGCAAGGGGCCAAGGAUUCCCUCUCUCUUCAUUCUUAGAUGAGAGUUCAUUAAAGGACUGGUUUCCUCAGUGGGCAGGGGGUUUUUCUGUCAUGCGGUCACUACCUAGGAGCACCCAGCUGGUGUUCGGUUUUCAGUCUGGCCGGGCCGUCCCUCGCCUCCGGGAGCCAUGUCACCUCUAUGGGGUGGCGGGUCACGUGUCACAGGCGCUCUCGCGGUGGCCAAAGGAGUGUGAGGUCAUUGGGGAGGAGAUCAGGCACAUCGAGUGGGCGCCUCCUGUCCCUGAACCUCUGUGUGCCCAAACUAGCACAGCCCAGAGGCCACAGGUCACAGAGGCAGGUCAGGGGAUACUGGUGUUUAAUGCAGAGGCAGGGAGAAGGAGCAUUUUCUCUGGGUCAUGUGUGGGAGGUCAGCGUAUACCCCCCAGAGAUGCCACAGAGUCCCUCUCUAGCCCGGAUGACACCACACUGCUAUUUGAGUCUCGCUUCGAAAGCGGGAACCUGCUCCGAGCACUGCAAAUAGGUGAAUUUGAUUAUGAGCUGACCCUCCGGACAGACCUAUACACCGAGAAGCACAUGCAAUGGUUCUACUUCCGGGUGAGGAAUACGCGAGCAGGUGUGUCCUACCGCUUUACCAUCAUCAACCUCCUGAAGGUUUCCAGCCUGUACACACAGGGCCAACUACCCCUCCUCUACUCUGAAAAGAAGGCUCAAGCCUUGCGGAUAGGCUGGCACCGGACAGGCCAGGACGUGGUCUACUAUCACAAUGGGCAGUACCACCUGGACCAACCCUGCUUCUCACUGUCCUGGACCCUGCGCUUCCCCUAUGACCAGGAUACAUGUUACCUGGCUCAUUGCUACCCAUACACGUACACUGACCUGCGGGCAUACCUCUCUGUCAUUGAGGGCGACUCGAGGCUUGCUCCCUUCUGCAGAGUGCGCUCUCUCUGCCGCUCACUGGCCGGGAACCCAGUACCCAUCCUGACAGUGAGCACUGGGGCAGGCGCUGCCCCCCUGAGGCCGGCGGUAGUACUGACAGCACGUGUCCACCCGGGGGAAACCAGCAGCUCGUGGGUCAUGAAGGGUGUGCUGGAUCACCUACUGGGCAGCUCGGCUGACGCUGCCCUGCUCAGGAGCUCCUUCCUCUUCAAGCUGGUGCCCAUGCUGAACCCGGACGGCGUCAUCGUGGGAAACCACCGCUGCUCGCUGUCGGGUCGCGACCUCAACCGCAGCUACAGGUCCAGACUCCGGGAGCUGUUUCCCACUGUGUGGGCCGUGAGAGCCAUGAUCCGGCGUCUGCUGAGAGAGAGGACGGUGCUGCUGUACUGUGAUUUUCAUGGCCACAACCAACAGCACAAUGCCUUCACCUUCGGCUGCGAGGACCUGCGCUCUGCCAGGAGGCACCCACACGAACGUGUCUUCCCCCUUAUGCUCAGCAAGAACUGCCAAGAUAUGUUCUCCUUCCAGAGCUGUAAGUUUGAGGUUCAGCGCAGUAAGGAGGGGACAGGCCGUGUGACCCUGUGGAGGAUGGGGGUCCUCAAUAGCCUCACCUUAGAGACCUCGCUCUGUGGCUCCAGCAUCGGUUGGAGGAAGGGAACCCACUUCAACACGCGUGACCUGGAGAUGCUAGGAGUUUGUUUCUGCCGCACGCUGCUGGACUACUGUGAUCCAGACCGGACCAAGUAUAUCAUGUGUCUGAGGGAGCUCCAGGACAUGAUCAGAGUAGAGGGCGACCCUGGCCUUGCAGAUGCCUCUCUCAGCACCAGCGACUCAAGCAGCUCGGAGUCUGAUGGAACCCUAGCCUUGAAUAACAAGUCACUCAGGUCCAAGAAGGAGAGGAACAAGUCCCACCUCGCAAGGGUGAGGGAGAAGAUCCCACAGGCAAAGGAGAAGAAGGAGGACUUCACCAAAGAGAAUACAGAGAACAGCAGAUAUGGAUUGAAGCCUGUGAGGGUACCUCCAACCAUGCUUACGAGGGACAUGUUCAAGGCAAGGCUGCGGCAGCCCUUCCCAUCAAGCCCAGGAACUUCACCUGGACAGGGUUUCCAGCCAGAGCUCUUGUGCCACCUGCUGGCGGGGCAGGAUAUGACAGCUCGGGGGCAGCUAGAGACCGGUGCCAGCGGUACAGGCUCCUCGCUCCCAGCUCACUUUGGCACCACUUUCCAGUGGGAUCCGUUAUCCCGCCUUUGGCCCUUUACUCGGCCGGUCGUCCCUCCCCUGCCGCUGCACCUCCCCAGUAGCACCUUGUCAACCUCCCGCACCCUGCCGGGACCCCCUAACGUCAGCAUAGGAGACGACAGCAUUGACACCCUGCCACCUCCGGAGGCAUAGAAUAUGCCAGAAAGAAGAAAUGGAAAAUAACAGGAAACUCGGACUCAGGAACGGAGAGAAGGCCUUGGAUUCCAACAUCCUGAAGACGGCAAACAGGCCAAAAGCUUACCCUUCACAC